AUGGGAAUCCAGGGAAUGGAGCUCUGCGCCGUCGCCGUCGUCAUCCUCCUCUUCAUCGCCGUCCUCAAACAGUUCGGAAUCCUGGAGCCCAUCUCUGUGGAAGACGGCGGCGAUGCCGAAGUGGAACUGGCGGUCAUCCGACAUCAACCGGAAGAGCUGGAAGAGCUCUUGGCGCGGACCAAGUUCUCCAAGACGGAGCUGCAAUCCCUCUACCGCGGCUUCAAGAACGAAUGUCCAAGCGGCCUCGUGGACGAGGAGACCUUCAAGCUCAUCUACUCACAGUUCUUCCCUCAAGGCGACGCCAACGCUUACGCUCACUUCUUGUUCGACGCCUUCGACGCCGACGGCAACGGAGCGAUUUGUUUCCAGGAUUUUGCCGUCGGCCUCUCGGUUUUGCUGCGGGGAACGGUGCGGCAGAAGCUGACGUGGGCUUUCAACCUCUACGACGUCAACAAAGACGGCCGUAUCACCAAAACGGAGAUGUUGGAGAUCAUGAAGGCCAUUUAUGACAUGUUGGGGCGCAGCACUUCCCCACCGCCGCGGGAGAACGCAGCCGCCGAGCACGUGGAGGUCUUCUUCCAGAAAAUGGACCGGAACGGCGAUGGCGUAGUGACCUUCGAGGAGUUCCUGGAGACGUGUCAGCAGGAUAAGGACAUCAUGAGCUCCAUGCGGAUCUUCGAGAAUGCCAUCUAGGAUGCGGCACCGCCCCUCGGAUGACGGAAUUCCUCCUAUUUCCGACAAAACGAGAUGGGAAAGGGAAGGAAAAAGACGCUCCAACCAUCUCCUGGCGCUCCACUGAUGGGAUGAGAAGAGACACGGACAACUCGGAUGCGCCGGAUGGAUCCGUUUUGGGUGGAAAAUUCCUUUGUCAGUGACGAUCCCGCUGCUCUGGGAGAUCCGGAUGGGAAAGGACCCUUCGGAGUCUCCUUUCUCCCCAUCCCGCAGCACCCAAGGGACGUCGGCGAUGGGAGAGGCCGUUCCGCAACCUCCGGGGAUGGGGGGUUAUUCCCGAAAUAAAAGAAGCGCUGAUGAUUUAAGGAUGAAAUGGGAGCCAAGUGGGAAGAGAUGGUUGGAAACGGCAUCCGGGGAGGGAAA